AUGUCAUCCCAACAACAAGAAGACAUCGACCACGCCGACGACCUCGCCCAGACCCCCACCCCCGCUACCCAGCAGUCCCUCUACGAAGAGGACCUCCCCUCCGCACCAGCCACCCCGCCCGCAGAAGACGUCCCCGCCGCACCCAUGGCUCCCCCCACCCCCCGCCGCGCCGACACGGCCGAUGGCCCCAAUGUCAACGGCCUCGGCGCCGCCCCGCACAAGAAGCACCCCCGCCAAAGGAAGAUUGCUGUCCUCACCUCGGGUGGUGACAGUGCUGGAAUGAACGCUGCGGUGCGUGCCGUCGUUCGUGAAGGUAUUGCUCGCGGCUGCCAGGCCUACAUCAUUCGUGAGGGCUGGGAGGGCCUCGUGCGCGGCAACGCUGUCGACCCGACGCCUGCCGCAAGCCGUCGUGCGUCUACGGCGCCGUCGCCCGCGAUCCGCCCCACCUGGAACUCGCAGCUCACCGGCCUGCCCGACCUGAACCUCGACGCUGUGGAAGAGCCCCACGCCGUCAACUACUGGGACCCCAACGACAUUGCCCCCCUCUCGGACGCCCCCCUCAGCUUCGGCUACGGUGGUCUCCUCCGUGACGGUGCCGGCGAGGGCGACGCCGACGAGCUCGCCGCCGCGCUCGCGGGACACAUCCCCGCCGUCCCCGAGGAGGAGGAGGAGGGAGGUCGUACCCUCAAGGGCCGCUACAUUGUGCGCGUCGGCUGGGACGACGUCCGCGGUUGGCUCGGUGAGGGCGGUACCCUCAUCGGCUCGAGUCGUUGCCCUUCGUUCCGCACUCGCGAGGGCCGUCUCCGCGCCGCGCGCAACCUUAUCACCUUUGGUAUCGACUGUCUCGCCGUUUGCGGUGGUGAUGGUUCGCUCACGGGUGCCGACAUGCUCCGUGCCGAGUGGCCCAGCCUCAUCGCCGAGCUGCAUGGCAACAACCACAUUGACGACGAGCAGCUCGAGGCCUACCGCUACUUGAAUAUCGUCGGUCUUGUCGGCUCCAUUGACAACGACAUGUCCAUGACCGACCUUACGAUCGGUGCGGUGACUGCCCUGCACCGUAUCUGUGAGGCUGUCGACUCGAUCUCGUCGACCGCGUCGUCGCACUCUCGUGCGUUCGUUAUCGAGGUCAUGGGUCGCCACUGCGGUUGGCUCGCCCUCAUGGCCGGUGUUGCCACUGGCGCCGACUACAUCUUUAUUCCCGAGCGCCCGCCUGCGGGUGACGACUGGGAGUCGGAGAUGUGUGAUGUGCUCAAGCAGCACCGUCUUGUCGGCAAGCGCAAGAGCAUUGUCAUUGUCGCCGAGGGCGCCAUCGACAAGAACCUCCAGCCCAUCAAGGGCGACUAUGUCAAACAGGUGCUCGUCGACCGUCUCGGUCUCGACACCCGUGUCACCACCCUCGGCCACACCCAGCGUGGUGGUUCCCCCGCCGCCUAUGACCGUAUCCUCCCCACUCUCCAGGGUGUCAAGGCGGUCGAGGCGCUCCUCGAGGCUACACCCGAGACCCCUUCGUACAUGAUCGGUAUCGCCGAGAACCGUAUCACCAAGGUUCCCCUUCUCGAGGCUGUUGCGCAGACCCAGGCUGUCGCCGAUGCCAUUGCCGCCAAGGACUUCCCCAAGGCCAUGGGUUACCGUGACUCCGAGUUCAAGGACAUGCUCGCCGCCUUCCACAUUUCGUCGUCGCUCUCGUCGGCCGACAUUGUCCCCGAGGACCAGAGGCUACGCGUCGGUAUCAUCCACGUCGGUGCCCCCGCCGGCGGUAUGAACGCUGCCACGCGCCAGGCGGUCCGCUACUGCCACUCGCGCGGCCACGUCCCGCUCGGUAUCUACAACGGCUUUGACGGUCUCCUCGAGGACAAUGUCUCCGAGCUGUCGUGGCUCCGUGUCGACAACUGGACCACCCGUGGUGGUUCCGAGCUCGGCACCAACCGUACCUUGCCUUCCAUCGACAUGGGGCAGAUUGCCGCCGCGCUCCAGCGUCACUCGAUCGACGCCCUCCUUCUCGUCGGUGGUUUCGAGGCGUUCAACUCGGUCCUCAUGCUCGAGAAGGCCCGCAAGGACUACCCCUCGCUCCACAUCCCCAUGAUCCACCUGCCCGCCACGCUGUCCAACAAUGUGCCCCUCACCGACUUUUCGCUCGGCUCGGACACGUCGCUCAACGCCCUUGUCCAGGCCUGUGACGCCAUCAAGCAGUCGGCGUCGGCGUCGCGCAACCGUGUGUUCAUCGUCGAGACCCAGGGCGGCAUGAGCGGCUACAUUGCCGUGCUCGGCGCCCUCGCUGUCGGUGCCGUGCUCGUGUACACCCCCGAGGAAGGCAUCUCCCUCUCGCGUCUCCAGGAGGACGUCGAGUUCCUCAAGGAGCGUUACGGCCUCGACGAGAAGGGCAAGUCCGAGGGCCGUCUGGUCAUCAAGUCGGAGAAGUCGUCGUCGGUCUACAGCACCGACCUCAUCACCAAGGUCCUCAAGGAGGAGGGCAAGGACAUUUUCGACUCGCGUUCCGCCGCCCUCGGCCACACCCUGCAGGGUGGCACUCCCUCCCCGCAGGACCGUACCCGCGCCGCGCGUCUCGCGCUGCUGUCCAUGCAGUUCCUCGAGAAGCACGCCACGCCCAACGCGCAGGCGUACCACCCGCGCAAGAAGCAGAUGCCCGCGCGCACCGAGACGGCGGCCAUGAUCGCCAUCCGCGGCUCCAAGAUUGUGUACGCGACCAUGGACGAGGUGAUGCGCCACACCGACAUGAAGCUCCGCCGCGGCACAGACGUCUGGUGGUCGGGCGUCAAGCACCUCGUCGAGGUCAUGGGCGGCCGUGCCGGUGUCAUUGCCCAGAUGCAGGAGCAGGAGGCCAAGGCCCGCCGCCGCGAGGCGCGCGAGGCCAUCGCCCAGCAGGAGAAGCUGCUCCAGCAGAAGCGUCACCACAACGCCUAA